GUCAGCCUGCGCUUCACACAAGUCCAUAUGCAUGGGAAAAUGCGCCUGUGCUGGGAUGCUGUGAAAUCUAAAGCACUGCACAUGGAUUCAGCAUAUCAGAGAGCAUAAGAAAGAACGGGAUAAUCCACUGCUGGACAUUUCAGAUUGGACCAUCUGUUAUACAUAUUCCACUGAGGAAGAUGGAUAGAUUUCUGCAUGGUACUAGUCGCUGAGACUGGACUUCAGAAGGGCUACUGAACUGACCAGAGAUUGAUUUUUUGGAUCUUUUGGUUGUGGAUGUAACAGGGAGCACAGUUAUUUCAACAGUCCCUCUGUAUCAGGCUUUAUCAUGACCUCUCUAACAGGGAAUAAAGAAAGAUCUGGGACCAGGAGUAGAAAAUAUGGGAUGACCGAUUCAUCCCCUACGAAGUCAGCAUCAUUCUCUCCUGAAACCUGGUACCGAAAGGCUUAUGAGGAGUCCCGGAGCGCCAGUCGCCCGGUGCCUGAAGGCGCGGGCUCCAUGCCUGGGUCCUCUGGAACCCCUUCCCCCGGAUCAGGAAUAUCAUCCCCGGGCUCUUUCUCCGGCUCACCUGUUACGAUAUCUCCUGGAAUCAGCACCGGUUCGCCCGGUUCCUUAGGCGGAUCUCCAGGGUUCGGCACUGGUUCUCCAGCCUCGGGUAGCGGGAGCUCACCUGGUUCUGAUCGGGGCAUCUGGUGCGAGAACUGCAACGCUCGGCUGGUGGAGCUGAAGAGGCAGGCAUUAAAACUACUCAUUCCCGGACCCUACUCUAGCAAGGAUCCCUCCUUCUCCCUGCUGCUCCAUGAUAAACUGCAGGUGCCCAACAGCACACGUAAGGCAUGGAACGAGCGUGACGGUCGCUGUGACGUGUGUGCCACCCACCUGAGUCAGCUGAAGCAGGAGGCCGUCCACAUGGUGCUGAGUCUGGAGCAGUGUGAUGUAUCUCCUGGCUCUCCUCCAUCCCUGGCCUCCCUGGUGGGAUCCCGCAGCAUCCUCCAGGGUCCCACGCCACCUCGAGACUGGGCGUUCCUCCCUACAGGCAACCAUUCCUCGGCCUCCUCCACCUCUGCUACCGUUUCUGCCACCACAUCCAGUUCCACCCCAACAACCACCAAUGCGAGCAACGGCGGCAGUUCCCACCACCCAGCAUUCCCCAAACACGGAUCCAAACCCAACAGUCUGGGGGUGAGCAAUGGUGUGGAGAAGAAAAGCAACUCGCCCGGCCACGCAGGAAAGUCCACAGGACCGCAACAGCCUCAUCUACCCAGCUGCCCCAGCAACUCUAAUGGAGCUGUGUUGAGUUCUGUCGCACUCCAAGCUCACCAAUACCUGGACGGCACCUGGACAUCUGGACACGUGUCAAGAGCCAAUGACGUCACACUCUAUCCUUAUCAGAUUUCUCAGAUGGUGUCAGAAGGCAACCGGGAGGGUCUAAACGAAGCUGCGCUCAACCGCUAUAACACCGACCGGCCCAGUGCAUACAGCAGCCCUGCUGCUCCACCUCCUGCCCCAGUCACCACAGCGCCCUCCAGUGGCACCUCCGCUGCUGCAUCCUUCUUUGCCAGAAAGGUUCUUAAGGGAACCAAAAAGGAUUCUUCGAAAACCUCCAGGAGUGUUGAAUACAAUCUGGACAUUAGCACGGUCAUGUGA